AGGCGGGCAUCGAUAGGCUGUUGGCGGGGCUGUAUUUGGCGUCCGCGCGUGAGAGCGGGGUUGUGCUGAGUCGCGGCGGCGUGCUGUCUGUCAAGCGGGGACAUGGUGGGAUCCAGCGAAGCCGGCGGUGAGGCGUGGCGGGGCCGCUACUAUCGGCUGGAGGAGGUGCAGAAGCAUAACAACAGCCAGAGCACCUGGAUCAUCGUGCACAACCGCAUCUACGACAUCACCAAGUUCCUGGAUGAGCACCCAGGUGGAGAAGAAGUCCUCAGGGAGCAAGCUGGGGGAGAUGCUACUGAGAACUUUGAAGAUGUUGGCCACUCUACAGAUGCAAGGGCACUGUCGGAAACAUUUAUUAUUGGGGAGCUUCACCCGGAUGACAGACCGAAGCUUCAGAAGCCGGCAGAAACUCUUAUUACCACUGUGCAGUCUAAUUCCAGUUCAUGGUCCAACUGGGUGAUCCCGGCAAUAGCAGCAAUUAUUGUGGCCCUGAUGUAUCGUUCCUACAUGUCGGAGUGAGCAUCUUACUGAAAACUAAUGCAAGAAGAGACUGAUCUGGGAGAGAAUAGAAGCAAUCCUAACCCAAUAUAUUUCCAGACAAAAGCCUGAUGUCUGAAGAUAAAUUCAACUUUUUCAGAAAACUGAACAAUUCUUUUCUGCUGUGCACUUUCUUAAUGUUGCCUUCUUAUUUGCUGCUGAAGUAAUAAAAGGCAGCAUUUCUUUUCGUAUAACGAUAUAUUCUCUAAUGAAUGAUUUGAUAACUGUAUUAGUUUCUGUAUUAAAAUAGUUUUGUAAGUAG